UCCCAGGCGUAAGAAUUGCAUAUUUCACUAGUAUCUUUGCAAUUUCCCUUAAAGGCUAAUUUAAUAGAAAAGGUUUUAGAAAUAAAGGAUCCUUAGACUCAGUCUAACCCUCUCAUUUUAAAGAUAAGAGUUCUGGACAAGCAGGAUAUGAAAUAAGCCUUUGAAUUCAGUUAUCUUUCCACGUCUACGUGGAAAAAGAAUCAAGAAUUUGAGAGCUCGGAAGCAUCUCGGAUCACCCAGUCCAACCGUAACAGAGAAAAGACGACCCUCUCUCUCCAGGAGCUCUCGCAGCCCGCCCGAGGCUCCGGGAUUCCCACCCCGAGCCAGGCGCGGAGAUGGAUGCCUCGCGAGCCCUCGCGGGGCACACCCGCCCACCUGGGCAGCCACUUUUCUCUCCGGGUCCGUCCUAACUUUGUAGGUCUCCACAGGCUUCUCUUCACAACUCUCGAGGCGGUCACAGAUUUAAUGCUGAGAAAGACCUUGGAGGCCACCAAGUCCAACCGCCUCAUUUUACAGAGAUGGAAACCGAGGCACAGAGAGGUCUCCCAGGAAGCGCCGGAUGCGGGAUCUGAAGCCAGUCUACCAAAGAAGCAAGAUUGCAGCCUCAUAUCCUAGAGGGGAGGGCUUCUUUCCUUUCCCAGACUCCUCCGCCGGCAGGUUUCCGUCUCCCGUCAGGUCCCUUUAAGAACCAUCGGUUGGCCAGAGUCGGAUUCCGUAACCCUUCCUACUCGCCGCACCACGCCCUGCGGAGUUUAAAGGCGCACGAGCCGAAGCACGGGCGUAGAGAGGGAGGGGUUCUUCCGCCGGGGGGCGGCGACCUGCUACCUACGCAGGCGCACAGAGCGACAGCCGCCAAAAUGAAGGUGCUCAUAGGCGGUGGAACGGGCUUCAUCGGGCGGGCCCUGACUCACCUACUGCACUCCCGAGGACACGAGGUGACCGUGGUCUCCCGGCAGCCUGGUGCCAAUCGCAUCACUUGGAAUGAGCUUACCAACUUUGGGUUGCCCCCCUGCGAAGCUGUGGUCAACUUGGCUGGGGAGAACGUCCUCAAUCCCUUCCGAAGGUGGAAUGAGGCCUACCGGAAGGACCUUGUCAACAGCCGUCUAGACACUACCCGCAAAUUGGCUACAGCUAUUGCCAAGGCCAAGCAGCCUCCCCAGGCCUGGGUCUUGGUUACAGGCAUAGCUUAUUACCAGCCCAGUCUGACGGCAGAAUAUGACGAGGACAGCCCUGGUGGAAACUUUGACUUCUUCUCAAAUCUGGUGUCCAAAUGGGAAGCAGCAGCCAAGCUCCCUGGGGAUACCACACGUCAGGUUGUGGUCCGCUCUGGUGCUGUGCUGGGCCGUGGGGGUGGUGCCAUCAGUCACAUGCUGCUGCCCUUCCGCCUAGGCCUUGGUGGGCCUAUUGGUUCAGGCCGACAGUUCUUUCCCUGGAUCCACAUUGAGGACAUGUCGAGGAUCUUGGUCCAUGCCAUAGAGAACAGCCAUGUUAAUGGUAUCUUGAAUGGGGUUUCUCCAGCAUCCUCUACCACCAAUGCUGAGUUUGCCAAAGCCUUGGGUGCUGCCCUGCACCGCCCUGCCUUCCUUCCUCUGCCUAGCCCUGCUGUCCAAGCAAUCUUUGGUCGGGAACGUGCAGUUAUGCUGCUAGAGGGUCAAAAAGUAAUACCUCGAAGGACUCUAGCUAGUGGCUAUCAAUAUGUCUUUCCAGAGCUGGAGGCUGCUCUGAAGCAAGCUGUGUCUUGAAGGGGCUCAAAGGUCUUUUUUCUCUGAUAGGGGCUAUCUUUUUAAAUCUUACUUCUGUAUAUAUAAUCAAUCCUUAAACGUUUUCCUGAAGCUUUACAAUAUAUGACAGAACUAACAUUAGCAACUCCAUUUUACCCUUAACCACCAUUUUGUAAAGUUAAAUUUCAAUUUCUUGGAAAUCAUCUAAUUUUGGAGACAUUAAGAUUUUUCCUCCCAUUUGUCAUUUGACUUAAUGUCACAAAACUCCCCUUCUUUUCAUCUGAAUGUCUCUUAACUCUCUCCAAUAAGAAACCAGGUCUCUCAAUCCCUAUAAUCUUAUUCUUGUUUUUCACUCCUUCCAAAAUGUAUAACAACUAUAUCUGUGACUACAAAGAGCCUUGAACCCAAUUUGUUUCUGCAGCUGUUUGCUCCGCUAAAGAAAUCAUUUGUCUGGAUGAAAUCUGGUUUCUUCCAACAUAGCAAUUAUAACAAUGUGUAUGUAUAUAAAGGCACUUGUCACACAUCACUACUUAGGUUAUCUUGGAUCACCCACUCUAUCCCCCCAUCCCCUUUUUCUGGAUCUCCAUGGAAAGCCAGGAGUCUUUAUCUUAUCAUUUCUCCCUCAAGAUGUAUAUAUUAACACUAUAGUGUACAUACAAUAAAGUCAGCUGUUUUACCUAA